GCCGCCGCUGCUUGCCGUGGUAAAAGCAGCCUAGAGCUUCAGUGUGGGCACUGACAGCAUGGCAGGAGACAGCGAGAGCAAGUUGGACAAUCGAGCCGAAAAUGAGCAUGUUGUCAGGCAACCUUUCCUCAUCGGGGUAGCCGGCGGCACUGCCAGCGGCAAGUCAUCAGUUUGUGGGAAGAUUAUGGAGCUUCUUGGCCAGAAUAAGAUCGACCAUCAUCAGAGGCAGGUGGCUAUCCUCAGUCAGGACAGUUUCUACAGGGUACUGACCUCUGAACAGAAGGCCAAGGCGCUCAAGGGACAAUUUAACUUUGACCACCCAGAUGCGUUUGAUAAUGAAUUGAUAGUCAAGACCCUGUGUGACAUCAUGGAGGGAAAAACUGUCCAAAUACCAGUCUAUGACUUCGUUAACCAUUCAAGGAAAGAGGAAACGGUUGCAGUGUAUCCAGCAGAUGUGGUUUUAUUUGAAGGCAUCCUCAUGUUUUACUCGCAAGAAAUACGAGAUCUGUUUCAGAUGAAGCUGUUUGUGGAUACAGAUGCAGAUACACGUCUGUCACGCAGAGUCCUGAGAGACAUUAGUGAGAGAGGUCGUGACCUAGAGCAAGUGCUGAGCCAAUAUAUAACAUUUGUGAAGCCUGCCUUUGAGGAGUUCUGUCUGCCAACAAAAAAGUAUGCUGAUGUGAUCAUUCCAAGGGGAGCCGAUAACCUGGUUGCCAUAAAUUUGAUAGUGCAGCACAUUCAGGAUAUUCUGAAUGGUGGCUUGACCAAACGCUUGAACGGCUACCUCAACGGCCACAACACACCUCGUAAACGGCAUCCCUCAGAGUCCAGCAGCAGGCCACAUUGACCUGCCCUCCCCCAGAAUGUUAGGGAAUUCAAGAGAGACAGAUUGUUCAAAGGAGGGAUGCAAAAGUUGUGGAGGGAAGGAAAGAAGGAUUGCUUGUGCAUUCUGUUAAUUAGCCAACACUGUAUUUAAGACUAAACGAAUCAAGCAGAAAUGUUUCAAGAAUUUUAAAGACCGCCUUCUUUUAUUUCGUACUGCUUCCAUCUUUGUUUGUUUUUUGACUGGCUACACUUGAUGUUUUAACAUUUGGAAAGAAAAUAGAUCUUCUAGUUCUGGGAUGGUAAAAGGUCAAAAUGGAUUUUCCUUUACUAUUUAUUUCAGUUUAUUUUCAUGUUAUGUUUUGUAACUCUUGGAAAGUGUUCGUUGAAUAAAUUGGGGAUUGAACUUCUUUAUUAUUAUUAUUAUUUUAACCAUGGUUAUUUAUUUAUUUAUUUUUUAAAAAGGACAACAUUUGCAGAUAACUAUUUUGCAUCAUCAAAAUACCAUCAGAGGCCAAAGACAAAGGAUGUUUUGAAAUUACUUUCUUUUCUGUUUUGCUUGGCAGUCAUUUAGUUGGUUUAUUAUUGAGUGUUCUGGCAUUAUUUGCUUCAUGUCUCUCUAACAUCAGUGUUUCUUACAAAGAAAAAUAACUUGCCUACAUUUCACUUGAAAUUUUCAGGCAGUGUUGCUGUUUCACAACAGGCCUCUCAGGGUGCAAUUAUUAGUAUUGAAAACAAUAACUCCGAGCUAAUAUAGUGAACAUCACUGAUUUGAAAACUGGCAGUACUUAAUAGACUGAAUUUACAAUUAAAUCUUACAAUUAAAUGAUGUCCUCAUUAGGGGUAGUUCCUCCAAAAAUGAAAAUUCUCAUCAUUUACUCAACCUCAUGCCAUCCCAGGUGUGUAUGACUGACUUUCUUCUGCAGAACACAAAUGCAGAUCUUUAGUAAAAUAUCUCAACUCUGUAGGUCCAUACAAUGCAAGUGAAUGUUGGCCAGAACUUUGAUUCUCCAAAAAUAACAUAAAUGCAGCAUUAAAGUAAUCCAUUGGUUAACCACUCCAGUGGUUAAAUCCAUAUCUUCUGAAGCGAUAUGAUACGUGUGGAUGAGAAACAGAACAACUUAUGUCCUUUUUUACUAUAAAUCUCCAUUGAUCAGCACCGAACAGUAAAUGGCAAUAUGCACAAAGAAUGUGAAUCACCAAAAAACAAAAGAAGAAAGUGAAAGUAGAGAUUGAUCACAUCUGGGAUGGCAUGAGAGUUAGUUUAUGAUGAGAGAAUUUUCAUUUUUCGGCAAACUAUUCCUUUAAGCAUAUUUAUGUAAUGUAAAACCAAACCCAUUGGUUGAUUGUGCAGAAUUGCACUGGAGUGUUAUUAAAAGCAGUAAGCUAUGUGUCAAAAGAAUUAUGUUCAUAUACUAUGCACUGUACCAUUGACUCUAAUAAUGCAAUUUGAUACUCAGUUCAUAGCGCUCUUGAAUUAGACUUGGUGUGUGGCAUUUAGGCAAAAAGUUGAGAUGUUUACUUGACAUGAAUUAUCUUCUCAGAGUCUCUAUCCUAUUUGUUCACUUUGCAAUGUCUCUUUCAUGUACUUUCAUUUAGUUUUUAAUUGACCUGUGACUAUUACAGUAUUUCUCCAGUGUUGUGACAUUCUAGAUGUCCGUACCCAUAAAGUGUACACCAUGAUGCCACUUUGGUCAGUCUUUUGACAAAGCUCACCAAAGAGUUCAUUUAGUAUUUUUUAACAUAUAUUUUCACACUUUUCCACAAGUUGUCUGAUAUAUACACAUUGCUUAUUUUCCCCUGUAGCCGUAGAGCUGCAGAGAAGCCAUUUCGUGGAACUCUGUGGAAAUCAAUCAGGUACUUGGGAUGUGAGUCACCCACCUGUUAACCCAGGAUUUUAAAUGAAAAAAAUCCAACUUUAAAAUUUGACCCUUAUUGUUAAGUGAUCCCAUGUCUUUUCCUUUUGGUUUUUGAUUUGAAAUUUUCAAACAAACUUCCACUUACAGCUGGGUUACUCAUUGAAAUUGAGAAUGACUGUUCUUAUUAAGUUUAAUUUAAAUUUUACUGUAUUUUCUUUUCUGGCUGACCUAUUUUUAUUUUAUUUUUUCCAGCAUUGCUGCUAUGAUACAGGGUGACUUAUUUACCAUCCAAUGUAAAGAAUCCUAAAUGAUCAGUUAUUGAUUGAUGUAAAUGAAUAUUUAUUUGACUGUGUGUGUGUGUAUAUAUAUAUAUAUAUAUAUAUAUAUAUAUAUAUAUAUAUAUAUAUAUAUAUAUAUAUAUACAUAUAUGUGGUAUUCAAUUAACUUGGUCAUUAAUUGAUUUGAGAUUAAUGACCGAUGUUCCUAAAGUCUGAAUCUAUUACAGUAGAUUUUGUGCCAUCAUAAACCUUUGUAUGUUGAAAUUUUAGAGACUCCUUUGUGUUGAAUUUGAUAUGUCACAUGUCUUAGAUAAAUAUGUGUAGAUAUUACAUUUCUAAACAACACUUGUGUGGAAACACCCAGUAUCGCACCUCUCACCCACUAUUGCAAAGGGUUUUGAAAUAUUAGCACAGAUUUAAACACCAGCUUUUGACCACACAGCCCUACUUGGCCCUGACUGCAUUCAUUAAUUCAUACCUACGCAUUAAAUCAUCUCUUAACAGCUUGUACACUCAGUGUGUAAUCCUACUUGGCUGAAAAUGAUGCAAAUAUUCUAGAAAUUAUUUUUACUGAAAUGUGUAGGAUUCCAAAGGUUUAAGUUGUUGCAACUGUCAUCAUAUGCGCAAUUAAUUAGUUGGUUUGUAUUUGUGUUGAUAUCAGAAAGUAAUCCCAGACUGGAACAGUUGGUUGUCUGAAAGCAAAGAGGGCGUAGCUUUGGGGAGAUGUCAAAAGUGUGGUGUUCUGCAUGAUGGACUAUUAUAUUUUUAAACAUGUUUCUUAAAUUAUUGAUGCCUUUGAGUUUAGGUGCUUGCUGAGUGGGGGUCCUACUAAAAGAAAUUGCAGAAAAGGUUGCAUGCUCAAAAGAUGUUGUUGGCCAAACAGAACCAACAUAACAAGACUUUACAACAGCAUUUCAGUCACAUUGCAAUGAAUAUUACUAACAUUUUAUCUUAAAAUAUUAAAAUAACUCUUGAAGCUGGAGAAGUAGAUGGGCUUUUUUGUUCCUUUUUAUGUAUUCAUGUGUGGUUCAAUCCAUAAUUAUUGUAUCAUCCUGUAAAUGUGUAAACAAUUGCAGAAAGUUGUAUGACAAAGUGAUUGACAGCGAAGCUGAUUCAAAUAAAAGUUUUUGUACUCCU